CCUCGCUCAAAUUAAUGGGGAAAUUGUCGCUUUCUCGGUCCGAAUCUCUCUCACUUCAUGCGGCCAUCAUUGUAAACAAUAGGGAACUUUGCGUAUAUGUUCAACUGACUACGUCACGCUACUUCCGGUAGGUGCAAGCCUUUUUUUUAUCAGAUACCAAAAGUUGCAAUCUUUAUCGUCGUUGUUCUAUACUAAAUCCUUUCAGCAAAAAUAUGGCAAUAUCGCGAAAUGAUCAAGUAUGACACAUAGAAUAGAUCUGCUAUCCCCGUUUAAAUAAAAAAAAUUCAUUUCAGUAGGCCUUUAAAGCUGACCAACACGCCGGAUUGUAGUCAGCUGGAGGCGUGUCUUAAUGAAAAUAAACAAUGGAUGUCCGCUAACUUUUUGCAACUCAACGCUAAGAAAACGGAAAUGCUGAUUAUCGGUCCUGCUCAACACCGACAUCUAUUUAAUAAUACCACCUUAACAUUUGACAACCAAACAAUUAAACAAGGCGACUCUGUAAAGAAUCUGGGUAUUAUCUUCGACCCAACUCUCUCGUUUGAGUCACACAUUAAGAGUGUUACUAAAACGGCCUUCUUUCAUCUCCGUAAUAUCGCUAAAAUGCGUUCCAUUUUGUCCACAAGCGAUGCUGAGGUCAUUAUUCAUGCGUUUGUUACAUCUCGUCUCGAUUACUGUAACGUUUUAUUUUCGGGCCUCCCUAUGUCUAGCAUUAAAAGAUUACAGAUGGUACAAAAUGCGGCUGCUAGACUUUUGACAAAAACAAGAAAGUUUGAUCAUAUUACGCCUAUACUGGCUCACUUGCACUGGCUUCCUGUGCACCUAAGAUGCGACUUUAAGGUUUUACUACUUACGUAUAAAAUACUACACGGUCAAGCUCUUGCCUAUCUUGCCGAUUGUAUUGUACCAUAUGUCCCGGCAAGAAAUCUGCGUUCAAAGAACUCCGGCUUAUUAGUGAUUCCCAGAGCCCAAAAAAAGUCUGCGGGCUAUAGAGCGUAAAAGUUAGAGAUGCUACCUCAGUAGAAGCAUUUAAGUCUCAUCUUAAAACUCAUUUGUAUACUCUAGCCUUUAAAUAGACUCCCUUUUUAGACCAGUUGAUUCUUUUCUACUCUGCUCCGGGGUGGACCGCUAGCCUGUUCAUCGGAUGGGGACAUCGCUACGCUGCUGACCCGUCUCCGCUCGGGAUGGUUCCUGCUGGCCCCACCAUGGACUGGACUUUCGCUGAUGUGUUGGACUUUCACAAUAUUAUGUCAGACCCACUCGACAUCCAUUGCUUUCGGUCUCCCCUAGAGGGGGGGGGGGGGGGUUACCCACAUAUGCGGUCCUCUCCAAGGUUUCUCAUAGUCAUUCACAUUGACGUCCCACUGGGGUGAGUUUUCCUUGCCUGUAUGUGGGCUCUGUACAGAGGAUGUCGUUGUGGCUUGUACAGCCCUUUGAGACACUUGUGAUUUAGGGCUAUAUAAAUAAACAUUGAUUGAUUGAUUGAUUUUCUGGCCUAGCUAUAAAAACACCGACAGAAUUGAAAGGGCCGUUUUAAAUGAGGAGCAGCAUGAGCCAAACUGGCCAAGAUUUGACGUUUCUGUUGUCCGAACUUGUGGUAUGCAAAUUCAUAAUCUUGUUGUUUAAAAAUAACGUCAUAGUUGCUUCUCUUUAUGCUUGGAAUAACCUAUUGUGUCUAUGUUCUGACCAGGUCUCUUGUAAGAGAGAGACGAUUUAUCAUCAUCAAUAAUAAUAAUAUUCUGUUCAGCUCUACAGCUAAUUUGAAACUCAUGUUCAUUUUAACAUAUUCAAUUUUAGACAACUACAAAGACGCAUUAAAAAUAAUGCAACAAUAUGGAAAGUGCUGCGGCACCUCAGACCUGCAAUCUGAGGCAGAGAACGAGGAGCUGCCAGAAAAAAGGAACAGGAAGCCAGUCCAUCGUCUCGGGGACUCUGAUGACAGCGAGGAAGACCCGGUAAAUAGUGACCGCGCAUCGGCAAGCCAAUUGCACAGGCAGACUCCACCGUCUCGCCGAGUGCCAGCAAGAGUCAUGAGUACUUGUCAACUCGACUCCUCAACUGGAGAUAACUUUCUAGCACCUCACCAUGGGGAAGGAUGCAGUCCUAUGCCUUCACCAGCACCUGCAUUAAACAUGCAGAGAGUUACACAAGGAACGGCAGUCCCUCCUCUACUCCCUCCACCCCCCUCACCAGCAGCCCUCAACAUGUGGCAGACAGAGGAGCCUGGAUCCAGCCUGGCCUACAGGCCAACAUGGCGAAGGGGAAGAAUGGCCGAAAACAUUUCCUGCUCUGCGCCUGAGGUCAUCCACAUCCUUAGCCUGCUGGAAACUAUUAAGCACAACCAAGACCAGCUGAUUGCGAAGGUGCUGUGAGUAAAAAUGUGUUUACAAGGUCAGCCACGGACGCUGAGGUCACCAAACACGCCAUCAGGUGGUUCAACUUGGCGUGGGAUCGGGCAACGAGGAGACGAGUCCCGCUUCCACCUCCUCAGGAGGAAUAGAGAUGUAUAUGUAUAAAUAAACAACCUUUUAUUGGACUUCUUGUCAUUCACCAGUUAUUCAUUUUCUGAUAUGUCAGCUGUGCAUGGAGCAGCGUUUCCUUGAAGUUGUAGCCUAAUAGAUUAAAUACGUAUAUUUACUUUUUAUAUAUAUAUUUAUAUAUUAUAUAUUUACUUUAAUAUAGAG